ACUGCAGAUUGAAUUUUGUUCUGGAUGUGACCCUGCAACAAAGACGUCAUGUUUAGGAAUACUAUCUGGAGAAGACAAGUCAGUGACACAGUUAGUUGGCAUCAGGAUCAAGCUUUAGGGACAACAAUUUAUAUACUACGAGAAUUUGGCCCUACUGGGUUCCUGCUUAAAGAAGAAGGUGAAACAAAGAAUUUUAAGGUAUUGCUUGGGGACCCUCACUCAUGUAGCUGCUCUGCAUUUAUUAAGGAAAAAGAGCUUUGUAAACACAUCUGCUGGAUAUUGCUAAAGAAAUUCAGACUUCCACGAGACCAUGAAUAUGCUUUUCAGCUUGGUCUUGUGGAACGAGAAAUCAAUGAGUUACUCAGAGGUCUACAUCAAAUUAAGACACCACGUCCCCAAGCAAGUACCCCUUCUGUGAAAGUGACAACUUCAGAUGGGGGUAGUAAAAAAAAACAGAAGGAAAUUGAUACUGAUGAUAUCUGUCCUAUAUGUCAGGAGGAGCUACUGAAGAAAAGACUGCCUGUGACAUAUUGCAGGAAUGGCUGUGGCAAUAAUGUACAUAUUUCGUGUAUGAAGAUCUGGGCAGAUCAUCAAGCUUUGUCUGAUAAUGAUGUAAUGGUGAAGUGCCCCCUCUGCAGGGAAGAUUUUGGACCACUGAAGCUUAUAUUAGAAGAAUAUAAGAAUUCUACCAAGCUUAUAACAACUGCAGAGAAGGAACAGCUUGAUAAACAUCUUGGAAUCCCCUGCAACAACUGCCAUGUAUUUCCUAUCCAUGGCAAGUGCUACCGGUGCACAGAAUGCAGAGAUUAUCAUCUGUGUGAAGAGUGUUUCACCAGCUGUUGCCAUUCACAACACAACUUUACUUUUCGGCUGAAGAGAAACCAAGGAUGGCUGUCAGCAGAGCAAGUUAAAGAUCUUCCCUUGACUCAUACUAUUAAUUUAUGGUCUGAUCUCACCAAUGAGGGGUAUACUUCCGAUGAGUUUCUGAAGGACAUUGACACUAUGUGUUCGUCCUCCUUACCUGGUGUUUCACAAGAGCAGAAUGUUGUCCCAAAACAUAUUGUCAAGGCUUUACCUUUUAUGAUUGUUAGACAAGGGAGCAAACUGCUCUUACCAGGUUAUCAAUGCAGGAUGUGCUUGAGUAUUUUCAACAUUAGUCAGAGUGUGAGAUAUUUACCAUGCAAUCAUAAGUUUCACAAGGAAUGCAUUGACCCCUGGCUGCUUCAAGAAUGCAAUUCUUGUCCUUUGGAUGGACAGAUGGUCUAUAAUCCCUUAACUUGGAAAGAUGGUCUUAAGGGUGAAAAAGCAAAGAGUGCCACCUGUAAGCAAAACCACCUGAAAUUACCAGAGCAUAUGCAAGCAGAGCUUUACAUUCCAGGGAUUGGACUAUCUUUUGGAAAGUCAAAUGUGAAGGGCUCACAGACUAAACAACUACUGCAUAAUCAAGAACCUAAAUGCAGUCAGAUGUAUGCAAAUAACCAAGAUGGUUUAGAGUUAAGUGGUUUUAAAUGUUUUCUUUUGACUGAAUCCACUACACAAGAGUGUGUAGGUGACAAAACUGAAAACCCUCAUUUUAAUGCAUUUCACCAGAAUCUCCCACCAAACGUCCUCAGAAACAAAUUUAAUCAGAAACAAAACUGCCCUGUUAAUCUUGGUAAAAAAGCAAAUAGCAGCAUAAGAAUGGUUUUGCCAUCUGGUAUACAGGUAAGCACAUUAAGCAAGGGUAAUGUGACAGUGGACAGUACCUAUGAAGUUCAUAAUGUCUCUGAACAAUUUUCAAGUGGAAAAAUAAAGGAACAUGCUAGAUCAGCUGAAGCAGCAUCUGUAGGGAGUCUCUUCCUUGGAAGAGCUGCAGAGCAAUGUGAUUCAGCCUUGAGAGGUGGUUCUGGAGACAUAAGAAUAAACAAAAUGCAAAAAAGAUAUCUACCUAGGAGACCCAAGUACAAUCCUAGGAGUCUGGUACCAGCAGCCUCAACUUUUCUUAUGGAGGGAACUAUCCUAAAACCUAUGUUAUAAUACUAUUCUACCAUUUCACUCACAAAAAAUUGAAUCAGCAUUCACCAGUUGCAGAAUUCAUUUCAGUACCUCAUCCACUCUGGUCUUUUUAAUGAACUUCCCCUAACACUGGAUUACCAAAAAUAAGACAGAUACCUUUUGAAAGAGUUCUGGACUGACAAGUUGUACAGCACUGAUUAUAAUAAUUGCCUUUUUUUCAAGCAGUGCAAGUACAUGGAAAACUGAUUCCACCAGCUAAAGUCAUUUACCUGUCCAUCACACUCCAUCCCAUUUUUUCAUAACAGUAGAAAUAUGCUAAAUCUUUCUGAUACAAUUGAUUGUUUUGGUAGUGUACAAGCUGAUGUCAGUUACUGGCCUUUUUCUCCAGUUCUUGAUGUUCUCCCACUUCAUAGAUAAAGGUAUAGUUCAUUUGUCUCUUUGUCUGAUGUAAUUUGUUGCAUACCCCAUAUAAAAAGACCAUUGUCUAAGUUAGUUUUCAGCUCCCUUUGCCACUUCAGACCUUUGCGUCCAUUGACAGUGACUGCCAUCCUUAAAUAGUCCAUCAGUCAUUUGGCUUACGUUCCAUUUAAAAUAUAUUCAAAACUGUACUAUAUUUCACACUGUAAAGGUAUACCUGGUGAGACUGUUUGUUGAGGUACCUUUGGAGUAUGUCUUUCCAAAUGAAAUCUGUGAAUAUGUGUGCUUUUAGCAAAUAAAAUGUUCCUAAAGACACUCACUCACUUAUAGGAUUUUUUUCUCUUCCAGACACCAUUAACUGAGAAUACUAAUAUUUUAUCACAGCCACAACAGUAAUAUAGUUUAAAACCUAGAAAAAUAUGCAGACAUUAUAAAAGGAGUUGAAAUAAGAAUAUUCUAAAACUGGAAGACAAAAGCGAAACUCUUUAGAAAAAUGUAAAGUAGGAGCUUCAGAAUGACAAAAAAACCUGAAGGGGAAAAAGGGGCAAAAAAUAAUGAUAAUAGGCAUGAAAGUGAAGGC